GGAGGAGGGAGAGUAGAGGGGUAGUAGGGAGAGUAGAGUGGAGGAGGGAGAGUUGAGGACAAAUGCUAGCAUCAGUGGCACAGGCAGAAUGUUGAGAGAGCAGGGAGCGGAAUUAUGUGGAGGAGGACUUUAUUAAAAAGUGAGAGAGAGCAGCUGAAAGAGGAGGGCAGAGAGAGAGAGAGAGAGAGAGAUGCUGUUGCCACGGAAGAGUGUGGAUGAAGAAUCAUCCAUCUUUAACAGCUUGUGAGGGAUAAACGUAUAUGAACAACUAGGGACGUAGGCAGGAAUAAACGCUCAUAGAGGACAAAACCAACCAGAUCGUACUACCACAGGCUGUAUAUUAUAACUCCAGUCGAUCAGAUUCACACAGACAAAAGACGAAGAAGAGACAGAGGAAGAAUAUGUGGGAAUCAGGCAGGUGAGAUUACAUAAUCCCCCAUCACACAGCGUCCGCAGCCAUGAUGUCAUCGCAGCGGGAUUAGAGAGCCUGCCUGGGCAUUACAGCUGAGGACGGGGUGUGUGUGUGUGUGUGUGUGUGAACUCUGAAGAAGAUGGAGAGGAGAUCCAGCUAUGAAUGAAGGGCCACAGAUGGAUCAUCACAACACAACCUGGGUUACAUGGAGAGUAAUGUUUAUUCCCACCACAACUGGACAAGAUGAGAAACUGUUAUUUUAGGAGUAGGGAGCUCUGCAGAACAGAACAGAGCUGUAUGUUCCUACCAUAGACUGUAGUUCCAACUCACCCACUCUCACCAGGGAGCACCACAUCUGGUCCACAGGGAGCCAUUCUCUGCCUGCAGCGGUCCCAAACUCCCAGGGUUGGAGCGGUGACACCCAGGGCUGGAGCCUGAACCAGAGCCCCUGGUUGGCACACAUAGCCUGCUUCACCUGACCUCACCUGAUCUCAUCACCUAGCAUUACCUGUGGAUUGUCCUGGGCUUCCCUGACUACAGGGAGGAGGAAGAGGAAGUCACUGCCUUACAGAAGAAGGAAAACAGAGACAUUCAGAGUCAGCUACAGGAGACAGAGAACUUCCUGUUGAAUUGACCCUAGGGCCCAGGCUGGUCCUGCUCCCUGAUUGGAGGAUGGAAACGGCAGAGGUCAUGUCAGAGGUCACGGCACGCAUGGACAGCAUGGAGGUCAAGGAUGAGUGGCAGGACGAGGACUUCCCCAGGCCUCUACCAGAAGAUGGAGACAUGGAGGACAGGGGGCUCACUGACAACACGACAACUCCCCCUAACACCCUGAACGUUGGUGUUUGGGGUGAGUCGUCGGCCCUGCGUAAGCGCCGUACGCUGGUAGCUCCGGACAUGAACAUGUCAUUGGACCAGAGCGAGGGUUCCGUCCUGUCAGAUGACUUCUUAGGUAACCCUGACGACCUGGAUGUCAACGUGGACGACAUGGACACGCCCGACGACAAUGACUCCUUGGAGUUUAUCACCAAUGGCAACGAGCUGGAGUGGGAAGACGACACUCCUAUAGUGAGUUCCAAGGGUCUGCCUGGAGGCCAGACAGAGGAGGAGGAGGAGGCAGGCAGACUGUGGAGGACAGUGAUCAUAGGAGACCAGGAACAGAGGAUAGACAUGGCUGUCAUCAGACCAUACCUGAGGGUGGUCACACACGGAGGUUACUACGGUGAGGGUCUGAAUGCCAUCAUAGUGUUUGCGGCGUGUUACCUGCCAGAGAGCAGCUGUGAGGACUACACUUACAUCAUGGAGAACCUCUUCCUCUAUGUGAUCAGUAGCCUGGAGUUGUUAGUGGCUGAGGACUACAUGAUUAUCUAUCUGAACGGAGCUACGCCUCGCAGGAGGAUGCCUGGUAUCAGCUGGCUAAAGAGGUGCUACCACACCAUCAACAGGCGGUUGAAGAAGAAUCUGAAGUGGCUGGUCAUUGCUCACCCAUCCUGGUUCAUCCGUACAGUCUUGGCCAUCUCCAGACCCUUCAUCAGUGUGAAGUUCCUGGAUAAGAUCCGCUAUGUUCACACAUUGGAUGAGUUGAGCCAGCUGAUUCCUAUGGAUCACAUACAGAUCCCAGAAUGUGUCCUGCAAUAUGAUGACCAGAAGAUGACAGCACAAAAAGAAAGGCAAGAGAUGGAGCAUGCCAAGUCUGCACCCCCCACGGAAAGGUAAAACAAGAAUCCACAACCCUGCUAAGGAUUCAUGAGGAUAAUGUCUAUCAAUACAGGGUAAAAUACUUCUUGGCUGAAGAUAAAGGACUGAUGGAGAAAUGAUGAGGACUGGUGUGUGGGUGAAGAGGGCUCCUGACAUUACAUCAACAUCAUCCUACCUGGUCUUACUUUCCACACAGCAGAUACCCUGGUCUGUCUGUACCAUGGAAUAAACCUACCCUGGCAGAUAGCCUGACCUCUGACCCGUGGAAUAAACCUACCCUGGCAGAUAGCCUGACCUCUGUCCCGUGGAAUAAACCUACCCUGGCAGAUAGCCUGACCUCUGUCCCGUGGAAUAAACCUACCCUGGCAGAUAGCCUGACCUCUGACCCGUGGAAUAAACCUACCCUGGCAGAUAGCCUGACCUCUGUCCCGUGGAAUAAACCUACCCUGGCAGAUAGCCUGACCUCUGUCCCGUGGAAUAAACCUACCCUGGCAGAUAGCCUGACCUCUGUCCCGUGGAAUAAACCUACCCUGGCAGAUAGCCAGACCCCUGUCCCGUGGAAUAAACCUACCCUGGCAGAUAGCCUGACCUCUGUCCCGUGGAAUAAACCUACCCUGGCAGAUAGCCUGACCUCUGUCCCGUGGAAUAAACCUACCCUGGCAGAUAGCCUGACCUCUGACCCGUGGAAUAAACCUACCCUGGCAGAUAGCCUGACCUCUGUCCCGUGGAAUAAACCUACCCUGGCAGAUAGCCUGACCUCUGUCCCGUGGAAUAAACCUACCCUGGCAGAUAGCCUGACCUCUGUCCCGUGGAAUAAACCUACCCUGGCAGAUAGCCUGACCUCUGUCCCGUGGAAUAAACCUACCCUGGCAGAUAGCCAGACCUCUGUCCCGUGGAAUAAACCUACCCUGGCAGAUAGCAAGACCUCUGUCCCGUGGAAUAAACCUACCCUGGCAGAUAGCCUGACCUCUGUCCCGUGGAAUAAACCUACCCUGGCAGAUAGCCUGACCUCUGUCCCGUGGAAUAAACCUACCCUGGCAGAUAGCCUGACCUCUGUCCCGUGGAAUAAACCUACCCUGGCAGAUAGCCUGACCUCUGUCCCGUGGAAUAAACCUACCCUGGCAGAUAGCCUGACCUCUGUCCCGUGGAAUAAACCUACCCUGGCAGAUAGCCUGACCUCUGUCCCAUGGAAUAAACCUACCCUGGCAGAUAGCCAGACCUCUGUCCCGUGGAAUAAACCUACCCGGGCAGAUAGCCAGACCUCUGUCCCGUGGAAUAAACCUACCCUGGCAGAUAGCCAGACCUCUGUCCCGUGGAAUAAACCUACCCUGGCAGAUAGCCUGACCUCUGACCCGUGGAAUAAACCUACCCUGGCAGAUAGCCUGACCUCUGACCCAUGGAAUAAACCUACCCUGGCAGAUAGCCUGACCUCUGACCCGUGGAAUAAACCUACCCUGGCAGAUAGCCUGACCUCUGACCCGUGGAAUAAACCUACCCUGGCAGAUAGCCUCGCUUCCACUUACCGUUUCUCCUUGCAUGAAUAAAUCAGCUGUGAUCUAGCCUACUGCAUGAUGAACAGUCAUUGGUCUGAUGCCAGACGGCUGGAUAAACUCUGUGAAAUGUGUUUAUUUCCUUCAAAGGGACAAGAACAGGCUUUGGUUGGUACAAGCCAGAUGUACAUAGUUGUAAUAACAUUGUAAUAAUGUAAUGUAUUAACAUUGCUGUAAUACAAGUAUGGAGGUAUAUGUGUGCAACAAGCAAUAAUGUUUGAUAUAAGUGUUUUGGUUAUCUUUUUUUCUUCAAUGUAUAAAUUCUAAUGUUUUUAAAUAAUGUGCAAUAAGCAGUUCCUCUUCUGAACUGACCAAAUUAAUUCAGAGGUUGUUCCUACUGUAACGAAUGAAAUGUGUUUUAGCUUUCUCUAUUGCUCCUUUGUGUGUUGUUGUGUUUUCUGAAGGUUACUAGACAGAUGGCAUGCUGGUUAAAAUGUUCUUCCUCAUCAUCUCGGAAUUUUUUUUAAACUAGCCUCGGUAAAAAAACUAGCCUGGGUACCAGUAUGUUUCUGUUAUCAUUUCACGCCUCGCCACUUCUCGUCAUGCCAUGUUUUGGAGUGGCAAGGAAUGGAAUGAUAGUACAGACUGGUACACAGGAUAGAUCAAAACAUUACUGAUGAUCUUAGUUUCCUGGUUUAUUGAUGGUCUGUCUCAAUUCCUCUAUUUCCAUGUAGAGAUCUUACUUUACAUUGAAUCUAUUGUUACACAUAUGAUGCAAUGCAUUUAAAGAACCGAACUAACUCUUUAAAUUAUGUGAACUUAUAUAUUAGUAUGUGCUGUUCAUUGUUUGUAAUAAAAUUUUGUUUGAAAAAUCCAA